AUGGGGCAGCCCACUAAAGUUUCUCUACAUCACAGUGCCAUGCUCUCUAGCUCAUCACUUCACUGGGACGGCAAGUGCCGUAAUUGCCGAAAACUCAUGUCAAGCUGUAUUUGCUUCCAAGAGUCUGACAGUGACGCAGAUCCUCUUCACACCAGUACCUCGAAUGUCAGAGCUGACGCCUCUGAGACUCGACCACUCUGGAAUGCUCUUCGCAAGAUGCAUCGCAACUCGACAACGACGCAGUUAGUAGUUGUGCAACCACCUACAAGCUUACAUCAGUCUUCGGUUUCCAGUCAAAAUGACCGUUCUUGUAGACGCAGUGAAGCUCUUCCACCUCUGAGAGCUCAAGCUUCCGUCACUCACUCGACGUCCAAUCCUCGACAUCAUGUUUAUCGACGCUCGGAUGCACAAUCUCCUCAGAAUUGUAGACGUGAUACUAGAGAAUCAAGACAAGAAUCGUCGUUUGGACUCUCUUCACUCCAUUACAAAGACGGAAUACAGCGUGGCAGUAUCAUUAACAACAGCUACAAGCUCAAGAGAGAUGUCAAAGACGUUGGUGUCAUGCGCUCGAUGCAAUCACGAUAUAAAAUUGAAAAGCACAAAGCUGUUAGCAUGAGUCACUCUAAGGAAAAGUUUAGUUAUGGACCGGAAGAAGGUUGUACACUAAGUGACGAAAACGAUGGGACUGUAUGGGAGCUCUAA